AUCCUUUUUUUUCUUUCUUAUUUGAAAUCCAAAUCGAAAUGCCUCAACUUGAUAAAUUAACUUAUUUCUCACAAUUCUUCUGGUUAUGUCUUCUCCUCUUUACUUUUUAUAUUCUCUUAUUUAAUAAUAAUAAUGGAAUACUUGGAAUUAGUAGAAUUCUCAAACUACGGAACCAACUGCUUUCGCACCGGGGGGGCGAGAUCCGGAGCAAGGACCCUAAGAAUCUGGAAGAUAUCUCGAGAAAAGGUUUUAGCACCGGUCUCUCAUAUAUGUACUCCAGUUUAUCCGAAGUAUCCCAAUGGUGUAAGACCGUCGACUAUUUGGGAAAAAGGAGGAAAAUCACUCUGAUCUCUGAUUUCGGAGAAAUAAGUGGCUCACGAGGAAUGGAGAGACAGAUUCUCUAUUUGAUCUCGAAGUCCUCAUAUAACACUUCUUCCAGUCGGAUCACUUGUUGGAAAAACAUAAUGCUCACACAUGUUCCACACGGGCAAGGAAGCAUAAUAUCAUGAAAGCCGUCUGAUAAUCUUUCUAUAGGUUCCCCGAAGAGAAUGGAAAAAUCACAAAAACACUUUCUAUAUGUUCUGUUAUUUCGAGAUUCGAAGAAGCAAGCAAGUUUUUCAUAUAGCUGUUUCCUGUGUAGUGAUCUCUGUUCGUGGAGAUCAUGAGGCCCCUGAUACCCUGUGGUACGGGGGGGGGUAGAAGAGUGGGCAUGUGGGCUUCUAUCAAAA